AUGCCCGACCACAUCCUCGACGACAUCUCCCACCGCAGAUACAAUCCUCUCCGAGGCAAUUGGCUGCUGGUCUCACCACACCGGACCAAGCGUCCCUGGCAGGGCCAGAAGGAGGAGCCCUCCAAGAACAAGCUCCCCGAGUACGAUCCUGCUUGCUACCUGUGCCCUCGCAACGCGCGAGCUGCCGGCGAUACCAACCCAGACUACAAGAAGACGCUCAUCUUCGUCAACGACUACAGCGCCGUCAAGGAGGAGCAGGCCGAGUACAACCCGCCCGAUGCUUCGACCGACCUCGCCUCGUCCUUGCUCCGCGCCGAGUCGGCCACCGGCCGUUGCUAUGUCCUCACGUUCUCGCCCAAGCACCACCUCACCCUCGCCGACAUGACGCCCGCCGAAAUUGUUCCCGUCAUUGAGAUCUGGACCCAGAUCUACGCAUCCCACCUCGACCCCGCCAGCGCCCUCGCCAAGCAGGCCGCGCAGUGUUCCCUGCCGGCCCCGGCCCCCGAGGCCACCAUCACGCCGCCCAAGGCCCAGCUACGCUACAUGCAGAUCUUUGAGAACAAGGGCGCCGCCAUGGGCUGCUCGCACCGCACCCCCACGGCCAGAUCUGGACCACUCGACGACCCCCGAGGAGCCACGCGCCGAGAUGGAGCAGAUGGCCCAAGUACCGCGCCGCCAACGCCGGCCGCCACCUGCUCGCCGACUACGUCAAGGUCGAGCUGGAAAAGGAGGAGCGCAUCGUCUUCCAGAACGAGACCUUCCUCGUCGUCUGCCCCUGGUGGGCCGUCUGGCCGUUCGAGGUCCUCGUCCUGCCGAAGCGCCACGGAGGACUAUGCCGAAGCCAUCCAGGAGGUCACGAGGCGUUACGACAACUUGUUCGAGACUAACUUCCCUUACAGCGCCGGCAUCCACCAAGCCCCGCUCGACGCGACCGACGAGGAGGCCGACAACAGCUACCUGCACAUGCAUUUCUACCCACCCCUGCUGCGGUCCGCGACGGUCCGCAAGUUCCUCGUCGGCUACGAGCUCAUGGCUGAGGCGCAGCGCGAUAUCACCCCCGAGCAGGCCGCGGCACGUCUGCGCAACUGCGGAGGAAAGCUUUAUCGCGAUCAACUGGAGUAG